AUGGCAGAGGAACAGACCGAGCUGGAGGAGAGGAUCAUCAUCAAGGACCAGCACACCAAGGAGAUCGACCUCGUGAACAGAGACCCAAAGCACAUAAAUGAGGACGUUGUAAAGGUGGAUUUUGAGGAUGUGAUAGCUGAGCCUGUGGGAACAUACAGCUUUGACGGCGUCUGGAAAGCCAGCUACACCACCUUCACUGUCAGCAAGUACUGGUGCUACCGGCUGCUCUCUGCCAUCCUGGGCAUCCCCCUGGCAGUCAUCUGGGGCUUCAUCUUUGCCCUCAUCUCCUUCUGCCACAUCUGGGCAGUGGUGCCCUGCAUCAAGAGCUACCUGAUAGAGAUCCAGUGCGUCAGCCGAAUCUACUCCCUCUGCAUCCACACCUUCUGUGACCCGCUCUUUGAGGCACUCUCUAAGAUCUGCAGCAACAUCAGAGUUGCUCUCCGGAAGGAGAUCUAA